GGAUUAUACUCAUUGCUCUGAUUUCAAAUGAAGAAAAAGACAAAAGAACUUUGUGAGGGUUCAAGUAUGAUUACUGCCUAAAUAUUUUGAAUUCUCUAACCGGGAUAGGAUUUUUGUUUAUGACUGCAGUUUCAACAAACUUGACAUAUUCAUAUUGUAAAUAAUCCCUUUAUAUUCUUCCAUUUAAAGGAAUGGUUCAUGAUAAGGACUAUACUUCUAUAAAUUAUUAAUUUUAUCACCAUUUAGCAAAAAAUAUUACCACUUGUUUGAUGAUAUAGUUAGACCGUCUUAAGGAUUAUUGACUAUAGCCACAGUUCACGUUUUAUUCCAUACAAAUUAUUUGGAUAUGAACAGAAUAGUAAUUAUGGCUUGUAAAUAUAUAUGGCUAUUGAAAAGUAAUGAAGAAGAUCGUCUAACUAAAAAUUGAAAAGGUGAUCAAUGAACAUAUAAAUAUCACAUUACCAAGAAUAGAAAAGGCAAAUAUUUGAAUUUGAGUUGCUGUAGCUAUAAUAAAAAGUUGAGUAAAGAAGAGGCUUAGAGCACCCGCAACGCGGGUUCGUGAUGAAUCCUAAGCGCGAUAACUUAGGUAAAAGCAAUUAAAAAAAUAAUUUUAAAAUGUCGUAACCGAAGGAUUGAUCCUAAACUAAGGGGUUUAAGGAUCAAAUCCUUAAUCACGUGGCAAGGCGGGAGUGGUCGUGGUAGGGGUUGUGUUUCGUAUGUGGAAAAAACAUUCAUUCUCUUUCUCCGUCUCGAAAAAAAAACUCUCCCGAAGGCGAAAGGCGAUUCAGAGAUCGUGAAACGGUGAAGGUAAAUCGCGUGCUCUUAACUCAAUAUUUUUGGAUUAGGUGUUGAUGCAUGUUGAUUAGUCAGUUCUAGGGUUCUAUCGUGUGGUAAAAAUCGAUUUUAGGUUUCAAAUCGAAUUGGGGAUUUUUUUCGAUUUACGGUUUUCGUCUAGGUUUGUUAUUUUCUGCAUCUCGAAUCGGUUCUUUGUUGUUUGAGAGUUCUAUCGUAUGGUUUUAAUAGAUAUAGGGUUUGAAAUUGAGUUGGGAUUGACUUCUGGAUUGAUUUACGUUCCGUGAAGAGUUAUAAAUAAUUUUACGGUUCGAGAUUGAUUUGUAAAUCGAUUACGGGUUCAGGAUAGUCGAAACCAUUUGUGUUAAGCUAUCCUUAUAGCUAAUUAUGAAUCUGAUAACAUGAUUUUCCUUGCAGGUUUUGAAAUGGAGGAAGAACUUCGCGAUAAGAAAGCACAAAAAGAGUACUACAACAUGAUCGAUUUUGUUGCAAAUGCGCAACAGGGGAUUCCCAAAAUUUGCCCCUGUGGAUCAAUCACGAAAGAAACCGUUGAUGAAGAUGAUACGUACGACUACCUCCCGGGAAAAAGAUACUUUAUCUGCAAAGACUUUGAGAAUGAUGGGCUGCAUUUCAGGCAACCAUGGGUUACGGCUAUUCAUGAAGAAGUUGAGAGGCUCAAAGAACGGUAUCACGAGCAGGCGAAGCUUCUGAGAGAGUGCCAGGCAGUUAAGGUGAGUGAUGAGUGAUCUGUUAUGUCUUUAGGACUUUACUUAUAUGUGGGUAGGACUAUAGUUCUGUAAUAACUGUAUGAUGUAUGUUCAGGACGAGGUGAGAAUGCUGCAGGACGAGGUGAGAAUGCUGCUUAUGCGUGUGGCUGAACUCGAGAGAGCCCUGUGAGGUUAGUGGAUUAAAUUAUCCUUCAUCUCUGCCUCGUGUGAAAUUAGUAGGAGUUUGCAAAUAAUAUCCAUACUGCUUCAUUAAAUCUCACUUUCAAACGAAAACUUCAUUAACUCACUCUCUAGCUGUUAUGAUAGGACAGUUAGCAAAUAAUAUCCAUACUGCUUCAUUAAAUCUCGCUUUCAAACGAAAACUUCAUUAACUCACUCUCUAGCUGUUAUGAUAGGACAGUUUCCUACUAGGAUUAAAUAGAGUUGAACUAAAGAUCCCUAUUUAAUCUUCUGCGUUUCUACAAGAGAAACACAGAGUGAAAUCCGAAAAUGGAAAACUCCACUUGCUUUGUAAACCUUUUAGCUAGCCAAGGGUGUGUUGAGCUUGACUCAUCGGAACCCCUUUGCUUUAACAGCCAAUGUUCCGAUGAGUCUACUGUCAAAGAGAGGAAGAAAUGGACACCAAAGGAGGAUAUAAUCCUCAUUGGUGCUUGGCUCAACACCAGCAAAGACCCUAUAGUCGGGAAUGAACAAAAAGCUGGUAAGUUCUGGCAGAGGAUUGUACAGUACUACAACUGCAGUCCUCAGCUGGUUGGGACAAUCCCAAGAGAACUUGGGCAAUGCAAGCAAAGAUGGGCUAGGAUCAAUGAUUUGGUGUGUAAAUUUUCGGGCUGCUACGAGAUGGCAUUGAGGGAGCAGAGGAGCGGGUAAAAUGACAACGAUGUGAUGAAGGCUGCUUUGGAUAUCUUCUACAAUGACCACGGCAGUAAGUUCAACUUGGAACAUGCGUGGAGGGAGCUUCGACAUGAUGUGAAAUGGUGCUCCACCUAUCUCGAGAAGGAGAGCGGUCGGGAGAAGCGCAAAGCAGUUGCUUCUGAUGCUCAAGGGUCAUUCGCGGAGCCAGAAGAAAGACCCAUAGGAGUUAAGGCAGCUAAGGCUGGUAGCAAGAAGAAGAAAGGUGGAAAAGAAGAAGAAUUGGAAAAGAUAGAAGGACUGUUGGCGCUCAAAAAACAAAUCUCUACACAGAAUGUGCUAGAGAGUUUACUUGCAAAGACUGAGCCACUAGAUGACAUGGAAUUAGCUCUGAAAAUGAAACUUAUGUCUGAAAUGAUGUGAUGAUUGUUAGCUCUAACUUUAGUACACAUUUGCUGUUCGUUUCACUAUGUUUAAUCAUCUCAUUUUCUCUAUUUCAGGUGAUGUACAAGACCAUGUGCCUGACGAAGACAAAAGCUGCUGUCUCUUCCUUAUGUAUUCACGGGAUGCUUGUUUUUUUCUCUUAUUUUUCCAUGUGAACCUAGUCACGGGUACUUUGUCUGUUUAUUAGCUUUGUAUUUAUAAGUCUGGUUGUAGACUCGGCGAAGAGCUAUCUCAUUUGCUCUUCUUGUACUAAAAACUUGUUAUGAUGAAAUUUUAAUUUCGAGUAUCUGCGUUUCAUCAACCCUUCCCUUCAUAUUUGUAUGCUCACGGCAGGUAUGGUCACUGGUUUGUGUUGCCAGUAUGAUAGUAGAGUUUUGUGUUGCUUCUCAAAAUACCAAUUCAAAUCUUUAGUAGGCUUCAAUCCACCAUCGAAUAUUUGAUAUUGUAUAAGGUUGAUACAAUGAUUGAUUGACAACACAACCUAGAAUUAGAUGAUUCUGAUAUAUAAGGUUGAUAUAAUGGUCCAACUAUUCGUACGCACAACUAUGGUUUUGGUUUUAACAAACUUUCUUUUGUAGAUUUAAGAAAGGAUAGUGAAAUAUGGGAGAUGAAACAGAUCGAAGAUUAUAUGCGGUUUUGGAUGAGGCGGUCGAUGAAUAUAUUGAGGAUACAUUCAACAACAUCGUCGAAAAUCGAACAGUCAAACCGAAGAAACGUGCAUAUGUCGAACGAAACCGCGAAGAGGGCCACAACCGUCUAUGGAAUGAUUACUUCCGUGAAGAUUCCACAUUUCCGGCUCAUUUUUUCAGGCGCCGUUUCCGCAUGAACAAGGAAGUAUUCUUGCGUAUUGUCAAUCGCCUCUUCGAAAAUGUUACAUUUUUUCAGCAAAGAAGAGAUGCUGUCGGACGGUUAGGUCUAUCUCCACUACAAAAGUGUACGGCAGCUAUUCGUAUGCUUGCUUAUGGCUGCACGGCGGACGCCACAGAUGAAUAUCUCCGACUUGGUGAAAGCACAACACUUUCGUGUUUAACUAAUUUUACAGAAAGCGUAAUACAAUUAUUUGGAGAAGAGUAUCUACGAAGACCCACUACAGAAGAUCUUCAACGACUACUCGACAUUGGAGAAAUACGUGGCUUUCCUGGAAUGGUUGGAAGCAUCGAUUGUAUGCAUUGGGAGUGGAAAAAUUGCCCAACUGCUUGGAAAGGACAGUACACACGUGGAUCAGGAAAGCCGACAAUUGUCUUGGAGGCUGUCGCUUCACAAGAUCUUUGGAUAUGGCACGCUUUUUUUGGUCCACCAGGUACCUUAAACGAUAUUAACGUCCUCGAUCGGUCACCUAUUUUUGAUGACAUUUUACAAGGUCGAGCUCCAAGGGUACAAUACGUGGUCAACGGACACCAAUAUGAUAUGGCGUACUACCUCACUGACGGUAUAUAUCCAAAAUGGUCAACAUUUAUCCAAUCUAUCUCACUUCCUCAAGGUCCUAAAGCAGAGUUAUUUGCUAAAGUUCAAGAAUCAACCCGAAAAGAUGUGGAGCGGGCUUUUGGAGUAUUGCAAUCUCGAUUUGCAAUAGUGAAAAACCCGGCUAUUUUGUGGGACAAGAAACAGAUAGGGAUGGUUAUGCGAACAUGUAUCAUACUUCACAAUAUGAUAGUAGAAAAUGAACGCAAUGGAUACACUCAGUAUGAUACAUCUGAAUUUGAAGAAGGAACCUCGACCAGAAGUUCGAAUGUGGAUGCACCCAAUACUUCCGAGAUGCCUCCAAAUCUCGCUAAUAUGCUUCUUAUACGGACUCAUCUUCGUGAUAGGCAGUUACAUGAACGAUUGAAAAAUGAUUUGGUAGAAAAUAUUUGGAACAAGUUUGGUAAGAUGAAUAAUUAUUGUAUGUUUGCAUUUAAUCAUUCAAUAAAUGAAUUUUCAAUUUUAAUGUUUUGCAACUUUCAUAAUUUUUAAUUUCUUAAAAAAAAAAAAAAAAUUAUAAGAACUUCAUAGUAGUAACACCAUUGGACAUAUAAUUAGGAUCAAAGUCCUUAACUAUUCAGAAAAGAAAAAAAAAUAUUAAAAUAUAGCUAAGGACUCCAAUGGUGGGUAACACCAUUGGAGAUGCUCUUACAAAUGGAAUCCAUAGUGUUAACUACUUAGCUUUGCUUCGAUCUCAAUUUUCACUCUAUCUAUACUACUAUUCUGACACGAAAAGAAAUAUGUGUUUAAUAAAGAUUAAUUAUUCUCAUCCAAAUUAAUGUGUAUUCGACUAUAAGAAAAAUGGUCACCCAUAUUUUAAGGGAACCGACAGGAACAACAAAACCCAUAACUUUUUCUCUAAACAGUACAGCACGAUCCAAGAAAAAUGUUAACACCCCAUCUAAAUUCCCUUUUAAUAAUGUAUAACUUUUAUAGAAAUUUCAUUGCAACCGUUUAAUAAUAUAAUCGAACAUUUUAUUUAUUUAAAAACUAGUAUGUUAUAAUAAAGUUUAGAUCUAAAGAAAGUUAUGCAAAACAACUAUCCAAACUGAUGGCUUUCUAAACAUAAAGAAUCGCUAUUCCUUAUAUAAAUCAUGAUAAAAGCAUUCUUCUUCUAAUUAUCCAAGCAGAGUUCUUUCAUGACAAUGCUCUCGUUUAUUACUGUCCAUAAGGUGCAUUCCCUAACGUAGAAGCAACCGAGCGCUUAAAAUCCACAAUUUAUAUGCGUCUGAACCCGUUGAUGGAAAAGAUUUGCUAAACCUACCUCUAUAACGUGUAUUAGGCUUGCUAAUCUGCAUAAGAGCUUUAACCAUUAUGUUUCUAUAUGAAGGAGAUCGUCAAGUACCAAAUAUAUUCGAUAGGAAAUCCUAAAACCUGCAUGGGAUCUUCUCUUGGUGAUCUAAUGUUGGUUUCACACACACAUAUAUACUUCUUUAACACUACACUAAAAUAACAUGAGCAUUAAGAAAACAAGACUUUAACGCAAGAGAGGCUUCUCAA